UUCCCUAGGACACAGCGGAUCACCGAUCACGGAAAGAGCCGAAGGUGUCAGCUCGGUCAUGUGAUCAGCUGUGGCACUGAUGAUCAGUGUGCCCUGAUGAUCAGUGUAGCCCCAUCAGUGCCACCUGUCAAAGUCAGUGCCAGCUGUCAGUGCCAGUGCCACGUGCCAGUGCCUAUCAGUGCCACAAAAUGCACAUAUCAGUGCACAUCAAUGCCACAUAUCAAUGCCCAUCUGAGCUGCCUUUCAGUGUCAUCCAUCAGUGCCAGUCAGUGCCACCUAUCAGUGCUGCCAAUCAGUGCCGCCUAUCAGUGCCAGUCAGUGCCGCCUAUCAGUGCCAUGUAUCAG